ACUCACAAGCCAUAGGCUUUUCUCUUAACAAAAAAAGAGUGUAAAGUUGUUAGAGAAGUUGCAAAGAUGAUUUCAGGUGUGACAGGUUUGCUGAAUAGGGGUCAAAAGCUGAAGGGGACAGUGGUGUUGAUGCGUAAGAAUGUGUUGGACAUAAACGAAAUUACAUCGGCUCAAAGUGCCGGCGGUUUAAUCAGCGGUGGCCUCGAUGCUUUGGGUAAUCUCGUUGGCACCGGAGUUGAUGCCCUCACUUCGUUUGCGGGUCAAUCUGUGGGGCUUCAGCUGAUCAGUGCAACCAGUGCUGAUGGAACUGGAAAGGGUAAAGUCGGAAAACUAACCUAUUUGGAAGGUCUUAUUGCCUCCCUACCAACAUUGGGAGCUGGCCAAUCGGCUUUCGACAUUCAUUUUCAAUGGGACAGUGAUAUGGGAAUUCCAGGAGCGUUUUAUAUCAGAAAUUAUAUGCAAGUUGAGUUCUUCCUUGUUAGUUUGACUCUUGAAGAUGUUCCCAACCAAGGAACCAUCCACUUUGUUUGCAACUCAUGGAUUUACAAUUACGCUAAAUUCUACAAUAAAACUGAUCGCAUUUUCUUUGCCAACAAGACAUAUCUCCCAAGUGACAUGCCCGCUCCACUAGUCAAGUAUAGAGAAGAUGAAUUGAAGUCUUUAAGAGGAAAUGGAACAGGAGAGCGCAAAGAACAUGAAAGGAUUUAUGAUUAUGAUGUCUACAAUGAUUUGGGUGACCCAGACUCAAAUAGCAGAUUGGCUCGUCCAGUUCUAGGAGGAAACAGCACCUUGCCUUACCCUCGCAGGGGAAGAACUGGUAGAAAACCAUCUAAGAAAGAUCCUAAAAGUGAGAGCCGCAGUGACUCUGUCUACAUUCCAAGAGAUGAAUCAUUUGGUCACUUGAAGUCAUCAGAUUUCCUUGUUUUUGCGCUCAAAUCUGCAACUCAAAAUGUCAUACCUCAAUUACAAUCUGUACUUACACUACAAUUUAAUCAGCCUGAAUUUAAUAACUUUGAUGAUGUGCGUGGACUCUAUGAUGGUGGAAUUAAGUUACCUACUAAUAUACUUAGCCAAAUUAGCCCUAUUCCAUUAUUCAAAGAACUUUUCCGAACUGAUGGUGAACAAGUCCUUAAGUUUCCACCACCUAAAGUGAUUCAAGUGAAUCAAUCUGGAUGGAUGACUGACGAAGAAUUUGCAAGAGAGAUGAUUGCUGGUGUAAAUCCACACAUUAUUAAAAGACUUCAGGAGUUCCCGCCAAAGAGCAAGCUAGAUAGCCAGCUCUACGGUGAUAACACUAGUACCAUAACCAAAGAACAAUUGGAGCCAAACUUGGGUGGGCUCACUGUAGAACAGGCUAUCCAAAACAACAAAUUGUUCAUACUAGACCACCAUGAUCCAGUCAUUCCAUAUUUGAGGCGAAUUAAUGCAACUGACACAAAGGCCUAUGCUACUAGGACCUUCCUUUUGUUGCAAGAUAAUGGAACUUUAAAGCCACUGGCCAUUGAGCUAAGUAAACCACAUCCUCAGGGUGAUAAUUUUGGUCCUAUUAGUAACGUUUACCUUCCAGCAAGUCAAGGUGUUGAUGCUUCCAUUUGGCAACUUGCAAAGGCUUAUGUAAUCGUAAAUGACUCUUGCUAUCACCAACUUGUCAGCCAUUGGUUGAACACUCAUGCUGUUGUUGAGCCCUUCGUCAUAGCAACAAACAGGCAUCUUAGUGUGGUUCACCCUAUUCACAAGCUUUUGCUUCCACACUAUCGUGACACAAUGAACAUCAACGCACUUGCAAGGAAUGUCCUAGUCAAUGCAGAGGGUAUUAUAGAAUCAACAUUCUUGUGGGGUAAUUAUGCCUUGGAAAUGUCCGCUGUUGUAUACAAGGAUUGGGUUUUCACUGAGCAAGCACUACCUGCUGAUCUUGUCAAGAGAGGAGUGGCUGUUGAAGAUGCAUCUUCUCCACAUGGCCUUCGUCUUUUGAUAGAGGACUAUCCUUAUGCUGCUGAUGGGUUAGAGAUAUGGGAUGCUAUCAAGUCAUGGGUACAAGAAUACGUCUUUUUCUAUUACAACUCAGACGCUGUUGUUGCACAAGAUACUGAACUCCAAGCUUUUUGGAAAGAGCUUGUUGAAGUUGGACAUGGUGACAAGAAAAAUGAAACAUGGUGGCCAAGGAUGCAAACACGUGAUGAUUUGAUCCAGUCUUGCACCAUCCUCAUAUGGUGUGCUUCAGCCCUUCACGCAGCUGUUAAUUUUGGACAGUAUCCAUAUGGUGGCUAUAUCCUUAACAGACCAACACUUAGUAGGCAAUUCAUGCCUGAGAUAGGGUCCCCUGAGUAUGAUCAGCUUUCUCAGAACUUUCAAAAGGUGUUUUUGAAAACUAUUACAGGAAAGAGUGAUGCCCUUAAAGACCUUACAAUUAUUGAGAUCUUAUCAAGACAUGCUUCUGAUGAACUUUACCUUGGACAAAGAGAUGAAGGUGAUGUUUGGACUUCUGAUACACAGCCAUUAGAGGCAUUCAAGAGGUUUGGACAAAGGUUGGCCGCGAUUGAGCAAAAGCUUGUCCAAAGGAACAAUGAUGCGACACUGAGGAACCGAAAUGGACCAGUGCAGAUGCCCUACACUUUGCUUUAUCCUUCAAGUGAGGAAGGGUUGACUUGCAGAGGCAUUCCUAAUAGUAUCUCUAUCUAAAGAGGUUUAUGGUUGUGUUGCUGUUAAAAUAAAUGAUGACAAGGA